AUGGAGGAGUCGAAAUGGACUUUUGGCUUAUCGUCGGUUAGGAUUGCCGUGGGUCUGGCGAAAAAGUUAUGGUGGUACCCCUCUUCAAGCUCAGCUCUGGGUCUCCGUUUCUCCCGCUUCGAAGUGGACCGCAGCGGGCAGACGCAGGCGCAGGCACCUGGCCUGGCCGUAGGCCAUGCUCAGCCGCCAUUUACCAGUGCCCUUCGUCCUGCAUUUUCAGUCAGUUUUGUUUCUUCGCCAAUAUACCCCGUUGUCAUGUUGCCUCUCCUUCAAAAUCCCCCUCCUGCGAUGACGCCGCCGCAGUCCAACUUCGAUGCCACCAUAUUUCCGAAUCACGACGCCUCCUCAUUCAGUGACCACCAUCUCCAUAAUGUCGCAUCGCCGUAUCAGCAGUCAUUUGCGAUUCGCACGUCUCGACCCCAAUGGCUCAACAACUCAUUUGGCUCUGCUUUUUACCCGCAACGCCAAGAAUAUCACCUUAGGCGAAAGACUCCCAACGGGACCAUCGAUGCCGGUUAUGACGGAUCACCAUCGCCCUUCUCUCAUGGUCCUCCACCUCCAAAACAUCUAUUUCAGCCUCGUUCGGCAAUUUCUACAGCGUUCCCUCUUGCCAGCCCGUCAAUACACCACCCUCGAUUCACCACUGAUCUAGACCAUCACCAUUCACCCUCAGCCGGUAACAAAGGGUUUGACGACCAUCUACAAGCCCGUUCCAGGUCCUCUACUUGGGCUUACGCGGGUGAUGCCGCACCGCACCACGGCGCAUUUCCUGGCAACUAUUAUGCCUUUCCUCAACCUGAAGCGCAGUUUAAUCCAUAUGGUCAACCCGAGGCGUCUGGGUUCCCAAACCUUUACCAGCCAGUCAUAAGAGCUCACGAAUAUAACGUCAGGGCAUUCUGUCCGCCCCCAGUUGUCAUGAACGAAUCGUUGCCUUUUGGUCAACCAGCCAUUCAUAUGCCCUGGAAUUUCCACGCCCAGUCCGGCGCUCUUCCCAGACAUGUCCAACAGCAAGGUCCUCGCCAUUUCCAGCAUCAUGCCGUUCACGGGAUCGCACGUCCAUCUUCGUUUUCUCAUGUUGUUGAAGCGGAACCCCAUGGCCACGCCGGCAAUGACUUGGGGAUGCCCAUUCAAUCAUAUACCGGAACUACUCAUAUGAGUAACCCGCAAGGGUUCAGAGAGAAGGUGGUCUUGCAGGCCCACAAGGUUUAUAUUGACCUCCUAGCAUGCACUCAGGCCAUCCGAAAACCAAAUCCGACCAAAAGUGCAGCAGGAAAUAAUACAUCGCCAAGGCUUCUCGUUUACCCCAAGCCUCCGAAGCCAUCUUUGAGGAUCUCAGAGGCAGCUCUUGGAUACGAUUUUGCACCUUUCAGGCCGUCUCAAGAAAAUGAACACUACCAGGGAUACAGCAGCAGGAGACACUCAGCACAUAACUUCUAUGGGUCCUCCAACAGCUACUUACCCAUGGGAAAUACGACUCCAUUCACUGCAGCCAAGUCCACGUUGGAAGUGCUCAGUAAUCUCUGCGAACAGAGCAGCUGGGGUUGGAUUGAUGGAAUGAUGUUGGGAGGAUGUCUGCACUAUGGUCUGGAACAAUAUCAAGAGGCACUGGAAUGGUUCUCGAGAAUUCUUGCUCUUGACUCGAGCGAUGUCGAGGCAAUUACGAACAAAGCCGCCACUCUUUAUUGCCUUAAUCGUCAAGAUGAGGCCGAAAAACAUUGGAUUCGAGCUGUCGAGGUGCAACCCAGUUAUUUAGAAGCUGUUGAGCACCUGGUUGGUUUGCUAUACAAGAAACGCAGUAAGGAAGCCGUUGAUAUUAUCGACCAUGUCCAGCGCGCUCUAAGAAUCUCCUCGGUACAAGAUCAACGACAUGGGCCUCAGGACCAAGUAGCAAAGACUCCUGGCUUUGCAUCAAGUGGUUACGCACUGCCCGCAAAAGAAAAUGGGCGUAUACUGGCUCUGAUACAUGCAAAGGGAACCAUGCUCUACAGUCUUAAAGAAAUCAACAGGGCGUCAGAAGCAUUCGAGGAGGCCGUGUUGAUCAGUGUUGGUCGUCGAAUGACUGGCAUACAGGAUCUUGUUCGUCAAAUUCAGACAGCAUUGUCGCCAAAUGAGGGUUUCGCAUCGAACGGGCAAGUCGGGUACAACACGCGGCCCUUGUUACUUCCCCCUGAGCGUGCUCGUCACACUGCACAACUAGUUUUCGGUGGCACUGGAGCUCUACCAGGACUACAGCAUGUGCCUGAAGGCUCAACUAAGAGAGCGGCCGUACAGACCACAAGCAACUCGCUAUUGUCACUGGCAAAGAUAUUUCAGGACUCCUUAUCGACUGGGCAAGGGGCACCAAAUAUCCUGCGACGCCCUUCGGGGGUUGAAGAUAUUCUAGCUCUCUACUAUCUAUCUUUGUCCCUCCAGGAAAGUCCUUCUACAGCCAACAAUGUCGGUAUCCUCCUUGCUGGCGUGCAACAAGCUGCAUCCAACCCCCCAAGGCCAAGUGUGGAUGCUCUCUCUCAUCCAGGCAUCCCUGGAAUUGUGCCAGGAAGCGGCCUGGCGUUGGCUCUGGCAUAUUACCACUACGGCCUGCGUCUUGAUCCCAAACACGUACAUUUACAUACCAAUCUGGGAAGCUUACUCAAAGACAUCGGACAACUGGAUCUGGCUAUCCAAAUGUACGAACAGGCGGUGUCAUGUGACGGGACCUUCGAUAUUGCCCUGACUAACCUCGCCAACGCUGUCAAGGACAGGGGGCGCAUCAACGAUGCAAUCUCGUACUAUAAACGGGCAGUCAACUCAAAUCCCGACUUCGCCGAGGCUGUUUGCGGUCUCUCUACCGCUCUCAAUUCGGUUUGCGACUGGAGGGGCCGAGGUGGGGUCAUACUCAAAGGUGGGAAGUACGAUCGAUGGCAUGUUGAUGACGAUGGUCAGCUUAUCGAUGCUCGAGCUACUGGGCAUGAUGAUGGUCUCGUCAGCCGUGUUAUUCGCACCAUUAAUCGUCAGCUAAGCGAGGGAUCGCAUUGGGGGCGUGGUAUUCUCGAUGAUAACCGUAUCGCUGCUUUGGCGCAACAGAUUCAAGAUCUUGGCUUGGGCACAUCACAUGAGGUUCAGCAAGGCCUGAGGAAGUGGAAAAACCAGCGAUGGGAGGGUGCGCGCGUGGUUCGCUUGAUAGAGCGUGCGACUCGUGCAACUCAAUGGAAGUGGUAUCGUGAUCGUUACAUAUCUGGUAGCCAAGCACCCGCUCGGUAUACUCGGCUUCGUUUGCCCAACGGACUCGCAGUACCUUCAGCGCCUACGGUCCUGCCCUUCCACACAUUCACGUGUCCCCUAUCUGCAAAAGACAUACGACUCAUUUCCCAGCGCAAUGGAAUCCGAAUAUCCUGCUCCACGCUGCGAUUGCCAUGGCUACCUUCGACAGUUUAUCCUCCGCCUCCUCCCCCAAACCCUCAUCUAAACAUUGGAUAUGUAUCAUCAGACUUUAACAAUCACCCUCUCGCUCACCUAAUGCAAUCGGUAUUUGGAUUUCAUGAUCCCCAACGUGUGCGUGCAUUUUGCUAUGCUACAACGGCAAGUGAUCGGUCUGUCCAUCGACAGCAGAUUGAACGCGAGGCUCCUGUCUUUCGCGACGCCAGCAGUUGGCCUGCAGACAGACUAGUCGAACAGAUCGUUAGUGAUAAGAUUCACGUUCUUGUAAAUCUCAACGGUUAUACACGAGGAGCUCGUAACGAGGUCUUUGCCGCACGACCUGCGCCAGUCCAAAUGUCAUUCAUGGGCUUUGCCGGUACAUUAGGUGCUGAAUGGUGCGAUUACAUAUUAGCAGAUAGCACAGCCAUUCCUCCCGAGACCCUGCGACACUGGCGUGGAAACUCAAAGGUUACCGACGUGUUCCAGGAUGAGACGGAGGGUGAAGGAGAGGAUUGGAUGUACUCGGAGAACAUCAUAUUCUGCCGAGAUACGUUUUUCUGCUGUGAUCAUGCCCAAUCUUGCGACGCAGGUGAACGGUCGAUCACCUGGGAACAAGAACAGCAACGUCGCUGGAAGAUGCGAAAGGAAAUAUUCCCUGCGUUGGCCGAUGACACUAUAAUCAUGGGCAACUUCAACCAGUUGUACAAGGUUCCGAAGGCGGUGAUAUGGCUUCUUCGAUUUCCCGAAUUAGGAGAAGCGAACCUGCGGCGGACAGCAAAGGAAUGGGCCGGGGAGGAAGUUGCCAGCCGCUUGUUGUUUACUGACGUUGCGCCAAAAAGUCAGCACAUCUCAAGGGCUCGAGUGUGCGAUUUGUUUCUCGACACCCCAGAGUGCAAUGCUCAUACAACAGCGGCGGAUGUUCUCUGGUCAAGUACGCCUUUACUCACGCUUCCUCGUUAUCCAUACAAGAUGUGCUCUCGAAUGGCAGCAUCAAUCCUCAAAGGUGCCCUGCCAAAAUCGGACGAAGGUCGACAGGCCGCAGCCGAACUGAUUGCCGGCGAUGAAAAAGAAUACGAGCAGCGUGCAGUCAAGCUUGCCAACCAGCUCAGUUACACCAUAUCAGCGAGCGGCUAUGGUCAGGGGGAGGGUCGUCUGGCCGAGAUUCGCAAGUUGUUGUGGGAGAGCAAGUGGCACUGCGGACUAUUCAACACCAGAAGAUGGGUUGACGAUGUCGAGACGGCGUAUGAGGAAGCAUGGCGGCGAUGGGUCGCUGGCGAAGGUGGUGAUAUCCAUCUAUGA